UAGUCGUACUUAGUGAAAUGCAGAAAAUUUAUUGAAAAAAUAUACUCAAGAGUGUUGUGCCUCGGUCACUUUAGACCAAAAAAGCUCUUUCAAUAGCAAAGAUUUGGAUUUAGUAAAAAUUAAAUCGAAUCAACAUGAAAGAGAUAAUUUUCAACGAUUUUGUUUAUGCCGGAGUCUCGUCUUCUUUAGCGACAGUCUUUACGAAUCCCUUAGAAGUCGUGAAAAUUCGAAUGCAACUUCAAGGUGAACUUGGAGCCAAUAACACGCACACUUAUCGCAAUAUCCCCCAAGCAAUCUUGCAAAUUGCCAAAAAUGAUGGUUUCAGUGGACUGCAAAAAGGCCUCACGCCAUCGUUAUUCUUUCAAUUCUUCCUGAAUGCCUUCCGUUUGGGUAUUUAUACGACGGCCCAUGAACGUGGCUGGACCAGAGAUCGCAAAACGGGUCACGUUUCGAUACUGAAGAGCGCUUUUUGGGGAGCUACCGGCGGUUUUAUUGGAGCUGCCGUUAGCAAUCCAUUCUUUAUGUUAAAAACUCACUUACAAUCAAAAGCCAAAGAGACAAUCGCUGUGGGCUUCCAACACCAACACACCGGAAUGUUCAAUGCCCUUCAAACGAUUUACUCGCAACACGGAAUUAAAGGUCUCUAUCGCGGAGUAAGUGUGAACCUACCACGCGCGCUUUUGGGUUCAGGAGGCCAAUUAGCAGCUUUUGGCUACACCAAAGACUAUUUACAAAGGAAUUACGAGAAAAAAUUGGCCCCUCCUGUGAUCUCAUUCAUUUCCGGAGCAACUGCUGGCACCGUUAUGGCUAUCACGAUGACUCCGCCAGACGUGCUAGCUACCCGAGUGUACAAUCAAGGAGUCACGGCAGCUGGAAAGGGAAUUUAUUACAACGGGGUUGUGGAUUGUUGUAUCAAAGUUGUGAAAACUGAAGGUGUGAUGGCGCUGUACAAGGGCUUUUGGGCUCAUUAUAUUCGAAUUGGACCCCAUUCAACACUUGUACUUGUCUUUUUCGAUCAACUUAAAGCUCUGGCAGCGAAAUAUCAACACAAAUAAUGAGAGACUGAAUUGUUGA